AUGGACGGAACGGAUUCUCUUUCAGGAAGUCACAAGGGAUCUGAAGUAGCCAUAGAGCGCGAAAGCGUCGAUCCCGAAUACAGCGAGUUAGAAGCAGAGUACGUGAAAUACAAAGCCAACGAGGAAGAAUAUACGCAGCACAAACCUGGAAAUAAUGACGAGAAAAAAGGCAGAGGGAAAAAUUCUCAGAGGCCUGGAUCUAUCGAGGUUGAAGGUGAGGUCCCGCGCUUAUCAUACGGGUCGAUACCUUCUUUUGAAGAGGAGGCAGUAACCAUCAAAGAGUAUUUCGAUCAUUCAGUAAGAGAGAAGCUAACAGUAAGGUCGGUAGGCAGUUACUUUACCUCUCUGUUUCCAAUUAUACGUUGGCUUCCACAUUAUAACUUUAAGUGGGCUUAUGCUGAUCUAGUUGCAGGUAUAACGGUCGGGUGUGUGCUCGUUCCGCAGUCAAUGUCGUAUGCACAGAUUGCUAGUUUGGCACCACAAUAUGGUCUUUACUCAUCCUUCAUUGGUGCAUUCAUUUAUUCUUUAUUUGCAACAUCCAAGGAUGUCUGCAUUGGGCCUGUUGCAGUUAUGUCCUUGCAGACUGCAAAAGUCAUUUCGUUAGUUUUGGAAAAAUAUCCAGAAGGCAACACAGAAGUUACAGCUCCAAUAAUUGCAACAACUUUGGCUUUGCUCUGUGGUAUUGUGUCUUUUGGCCUAGGUGUUCUACGUCUUGGUUUCUUAGUUGAGUUGAUCUCAUUAAAUGCGGUUGCUGGUUUCAUGACGGGUUCGUCUUUCAACAUCAUCUGGGGACAGGUUCCUGCUCUUAUGGGAUACAAUAGUUUGGUGAAUACAAGAAAUGCAACAUACAGAGUGGUCAUUGAUAGUUUGAAACACUUGCCAGACACAACACUUGAUGCAGUAUUUGGAUUAAUCCCAUUAGUGCUGCUAUACGUCUGGAAAUGGUGGUGCGAUAAAAUGGGUCCUUAUUUGGCAGAUAAGUACUAUAGAAAUGAUCCAAAAAAAGCACAGAUUUUGAAAACAUGUUAUUUUUAUGCUCAGGCUUUGAGGAAUGCAGUAAUUAUUAUUGUUUUCACGGCAAUAUCGUGGCGCAUAACAAGACACAAAUCCAGAAGUGAGCGCCCAAUUAGUAUAUUAGGAACAGUGCCUUCCGGCUUGAGAGAUGUAGGUGUGAUGAAAAUCCCUGAAGGAUUGCUAUUAAAGAUGAGUUCUGAUAUUCCCUCCUCAAUAAUUGUUCUGGUGCUUGAACAUAUAGCUAUUUCGAAGUCUUUCGGAAGGCUCAAUGAUUAUAAGGUCGUUCCUGAUCAGGAAUUAAUUGCGAUUGGUGUUACAAAUUUGAUCGGCACCUUUUUCCAUGCAUAUCCAACAACAGGGUCGUUUUCAAGAUCAGCUUUGAAAGCAAAAUGUAAUGUGCGUACACCAUUUUCGGGUAUUUUCACUGGUGCCUGUGUUUUGCUGGCACUUUACUGUUUGACUGAUGCUUUUUUCUUCAUACCUAAGGCCACGUUAUCCGCUAUUAUUAUUCAUGCAGUCUCUGACUUGCUUGCAUCUUAUAAUACUACUCUAACGUUCUGGAAAACGAAUCCAUUGGAUGGCCUUUCAUUCAUCAUCACUGUUUUGAUCACAGUUUUUUCGUCAAUCGAGAAUGGAAUAUAUUUUGCUAUGUGUUGGUCAGCGGCGAUGCUUUUACUGAAGCAAGCAUUUCCUGCGGGCAAGUUUUUGGGACGUGUGGAAGUUGUUGAAGUUUUAAACCCCACAAUUCAGACGGGUGUGUCUGUGGGACAUUCAAGUGUUGAUACGCAACUGACGCCUGCCGGAAGUGAUAAACAAUCAAAGGACAUUCUGAGUAGCAUUGAGAUUGCGUCGCCUUCAACAUAUAGAUUUACCAAUGUUUGGGUUCCUUUCGAUCACGGUUAUACAAGAGAGCUCAAUUGUGGUAUUUCCAUUUUACAACCUCCCUCGGGUGUGCUGGUUUAUCGCUUUGGCGAUAGCUAUACAUAUAUCAAUUGUUCCAGACACUAUGACAUUAUUUUCGACCGCAUUAAAAGAGAUACCAGAAGAGGACAGCUGGUACAGGCCAGAAAUGUAGGCGAUAGACCAUGGAACGAUCCAGGAGAGUGGGAAUGCCCCAAAGCUAUCAAAAGAUUUUUCAAACGUGGUCCACAUGACAGAGGAGAUGAAGAGGUUCAGGCUGUGUCGCAUCCCUCCACCAAUAUUGAAGAAGACGAAAAGCCUGUCUUGAAAAUUUUAUGCUUAGACUUUUCACAAGUGGCUCAGGUGGAUUCCACUGCCAUCCAAAGUCUUGUAGAUCUUAGAAAAGCGGUAAACAGAUACGCAGACAGACAGGUUGAAUUCCAUUUUGCUGGAAUAAUAUCCCCCUGGAUAAAGAAGGGUUUAUUGAGCGUCGGAUUUGGGAUGGUAAACUCCGAGUAUAGUGAUGAAUCUAUAAUUAUUGAUCAUUCGAGCUAUCAUGUUGCAAAAGGAAAAAGAACAGAGGAUGGGUAUUUAACGGAUAGUAGCGAGAUGAUUUCAACAGACGAUACUCAUAUCAAUAUCCACACUGUCAGUGGUACUAAUCUCCCCUUUUUUCAUAUAAAUAUUCCUGAUUUCUCGAAAUGGGACGUCUAG